AUGUCAUUUGCCCCAAUGAAUUUGACGCCAUCCUUGACCGGCUGCUGUCCCGGACGCACUAAGUAUCCGCCCCCCAGCCUCACGACAAACCUUGCUGACAUGCAACCCAGUUGGCAAGGAUUGCCCUGCCCAGCGCCCCCGCCGCAAUCCAAGUCCCCCUACCCUGCAUGGGGCUUUAACGCAUUCAAUCACGUGAACCAAGCAGGCGCCGAUCUGGGUGACAAGCUCCUAGGCCUACGCAGCCCGUACUACUGA